AUGGUGGUGCCUGUGUUUUGGGGGGAGCAGUCAGGGAACGGGGUGUUCCCCCCCUCGGGAGCCCCCUGGGAGCCGUGUCCCGGCUCUGAGCCGCCGUUCCCGCCCCAGGUCCGGGUGGAGGGCUCCGUGAGGCGGCUCCCGGAGGAGGAAUCCGAGCGCUACUUCUACUCCCGGCCCCGGAGCAGCCAGAUCGGGGCCGUGGUGAGCCGGCAGAGCUCCGUCAUCCCCGACCGGGAGUACCUGAGGAAGAGGAACGCGGAGCUGGAGGAGAAAUUCCGGGACACGCCGGUGCCCAAACCGCACUAUUGGGGUGGGUACAUCCUGGAGCCGGAGGUGGUGGAGUUCUGGCAGGGCCAAACCAACCGGCUGCACGACCGGAUCGUGUUCCGGAGGCUCCGGGAUCGCUCGGCCCCGCUGGGGGCCAUGACCCACCCCGGGCACGGGGACUGGGUCUACGAGCGCUUCUCCCCCUGAGGAUCCCGCUCUGGAAUGCCACCUGUGCCAGAGCCACCCCCCCACCGGCCCCUCGUGGGGCGCCGGGAAUCGCAUCCGACCUCCGGGAAUUCCCGGCGCCUUCGUCUGCAUCCAGUGGGUUAAUUAAUCGUGUUAAUGAUUGUGGGGAGACCCCAGUUGUGACCCCAGUGAUCCCCCCCCCUCCCCAGUCCUGCCACUUCCACUGCCUGUGCUCCGUGUUUUAGCUGGAAUCCUGUUUUACCUGGAAUCAUGGAAUGUGCUCAAUUCCCAGUGUAUUAUUGCUCUUCUUUAAUUGACUCAUUAAUGUCACCACGGUGUCACCCCUGGCUCUGUCCCAGAGCCAGUCCUGCCACUGCUUGUGCUCUGUGUUUUAGCUGGAAUUGUGUUUUAGCUGGAAUUGUGUUUUAGCUGGAAUUGUGUUUUAGCUGGAAUCCUGUUUUAGCUGGAAUCAUGGAAUGUGCUCAAUUCCCAGUGUAU